CCAGAGCAUGCGGCCUCCAUGAGCAGAUCAAGGAAGAGGAUUCAGCUAUGGAAGAAAGCAGCCAUCCACUUCUCCCUCUGCUUCGUCAUGGGCUUUUUCUCGGGCUUCGCUCCAACGAGCACAGCCUCAAUCUUCUCAGGCCAAGCCAACCCGUAUCGGUCCACCAAAAACCUCGGCAUCUCAGCCCAGCUCGCUCCUCAGCCCCUCCAAAAUCCCAGCGAAAAUAACCGUAGCUUAAUGUCGUCUGAAGUCGCAGAGAACCCAGCAAAUUCAAGCGCUACUCACCGCAGUACUGCUGAUGAAUUGAGCCCCCGAAAUCUUCUGAUUGUCAUAACGACGUCUAAGCCCAAUGAUCGAUUUAGCGGGCCGUUCCUGAGGAGACUGGGCAACACUUUGAAAUUGGUUUCUUCGCCUUUACUUUGGAUAAUCGUCGAAGCUAGCAACGAAGCGUCGAAUAAUGCUGAGUUGCUGAGGACGACGGGGAUCAUGUAUCGGCAUCUCACUUAUAAGGAAAAUUUCACCGACGCGAAGGCUGAGGCUGAUCAUCAGAGGAACGUUGCGCUCAACCAUAUUGAGUAUCAUCGGCUUAACGGGAUCGUGCAUUUUGCUGAGGUUUCGAAUACUUAUAAUCUUGAGUUCUUCGAUGAAAUUCGAGAAAUUGACACGUUCGGGACAUGGCCGAUGGCGAUGAUGUCAGCGAACAGGAGGCGAGUCGUGGUCGAAGGGCCGAUGUGUAGGUCAUCAAAGGUGGUAGGCUGGCAGUUGAAGGAUUUGAGCAACCACACAAGCGAUACAAGUAAUCCAAUUCCUAGUCCGGACGCUAAUAAUGGCGGCAUCGCAGAGAGAAAGCACGCUAGGAUUAAUAUCUCAGGAUUUGCCUUUAAUAGCUCCAUACUGUGGGAUCCUGAAAGAUGGGGGCGCCCCUCAUCGGUUCUUGAUACUUCACAGGACUCAAUCAAGUUUGUCCAAGAGGUGGUCCUAGAGGAUGAGAGCAAGUUGAAGGCUAUACCCUCUGACUGUUCUAAGAUCAUGCUGUGGCAUCUUCAUAUACCAAGGACCCUGACUACUUCACCAAGUAGCUCUCAAUCCAAAAACAGAAGGUAGAGAGAGAGAGGAAGAGAAAAGAGAAAUAGUACAAACCAAUGAAAGGUUGUAUAGAGAGAGAGAGAAAGAGAUUGCUUUUGGUGUUAUUAUCAUCCAUAUUUUUUUGUUCUUUUUUUUUUUGGAACAUUAGUCAUCACCCCAAUACUAUUCAUGUGUUCGUGGCAUUUUACUA